CUCCUGCAGCAAGUGGAUGUGGUGGCCGUGGUGUGUCCUUGGGGCACAGGGAGCUUCUCCUCAUCCUACUGUGCCCAUGCUCUGCCCCCAAAGCCCUGAACAAAGACCUCUUUCUGCCCAGCUCAGGCACAGACCUGUGGCAUUAGAAGGCAGCAGGAACGCGGGCGGCAGCACUCAGACAUCAGCAAGGGGGGACAAGAGGGAAGGAGGGGUGCACAUCCAACACAGCCCCUCCAGGGCUGCCCCACUCCCACCGGCACCUGGAAAGCCAUGUCCCCAGCCCCUGGGGCAGUCUUCCAGCUCUGGUGCGAGCACACUUUCCCCUUUAAGAUGUGGGAUCUCCGUGCCAGGGCCUGACCUCGGCAUCCUCAGCUGAGCUGGAUUAACGGGGCAGAGGGAAGGGGCCCACCGAGGGGAGCAGGGCCUCCCAGAGCUCCCCACACACAGCCAUAGGGCCCUGUGGGGCAGAGCACACGAGGGCACAGCCAGCACUGUAUGCGAUGGGAGCAUCCAGAGAGCAGUGGGUGGAGGGACAUGCAGCCAUUCUGGGGAGCAGAGCAAUCUGGGGGGGCUUUUAAGUGCUCUGUACCAGGAGUGCUGCUACCAUGAAGGACUUCACCGAAAUCACGCUUUGCCCCGAGGCUCUGGAGCGCAGUGAGACUGAGUUCUGCAACCCCGUCUUUGAGGGUGAGGAGCCCCUGGCAGUGCCUCCAGCUGAGCAGCCACCGGACGAUGAUGGGGUGGGAGCCACAUCACCCCAGGAUGCCCUCGGCCGGCAGCUCUGGGUGCAGGCGGGCUGGCAGUACCGUGCCGACUGCAGGUUCACCUGGCUCUGUGUGGCUCUGAUGAGUGCUGUUCUCCUCUUCCUCAUCGCCCUCCUGCUGGGCAUCGUCAUCCACCAGCUGACAUCCCCACCACCACCCCACUCCCCGGCUGCAGCCCUGCCCGCCCGCAGCACCGCCACCACCACUGUGGCACCCAGCCAGAGAGACCCCCAGGACCCCAAACCCUCCACCCCAAUCCAUGGCCGACCACCUGCAGCCAGCACUCGGGCACCAGCGUGCGGUGGGACUCUGCGUGGCCCCGAGGGCUCCUUCAGCUCCCCCAACCACCCCGGCCCCUACCCACCCCAUGCUCUCUGCAUAUGGCACAUCGAGGUGGCAGCUGGCAUGGCCAUCCAGCUGACAAUGGAUGCGUUCAGCGUGGAGGGCACCGCCUCCUGUCUCUUCGACCGGCUGGAACUCUAUGAGGAGCAGGGAGCCCGGGGGGGCACUGCCAGAUUCUGUGGCAGCGUGGUCCCCCCAACCUUCAACAGCAUCUCCAACCACCUGCGUGUCACCUUUGUCUCUGAUGGCAGUGUGGGGGCACCAGGCUUCAGUGCUCGGUACCGUGCUGUGGCCCCCAGUGAGAGUGAGUACAUCAUGUGGCUGUGCCUCUGGCAGAUCUCCGUGCCCCUGGGUCACAUCAUAGACCUGCACUUCCACAACUUCAGCCUGGAGUCACACGAAGACUGCAGCUUUGACUUCGUGGAGGUUCACGACAGUGCAGGCACCGGGACUGCCAGCCUCAUGGGCAGGUUCUGUGGCCACCAGCUACCACCCACCUUGACCUCGUCACGCCACGUCAUGACAGUCCUCUUUGUGGCAGAUGAAGGAGUAGCAGACACCGGGUUCUUUGCCACCUACCUAGCCCGCAAUGCCACAGAGAAGACCUGCAGCCCCGCAGACUUUUCCUGUGGCAACGGCGAGUGCCGGGCACUGGAGUCUGUGUGUGACGGCUGGCACGACUGCCCCGAUGGCACCGAUGAGCUGAACUGUACUGGGGUCUCCUACCCUGCAUUUGGCUCCAUCUGCGAGCCGGUGGAGGUGGAGAUGUGCCUGGGGCUGGGUUACAAUGCCACCUCCUUCCCUAACAUCUGGCUGGCCAUCCCAGACCAGGCGGGAGCUGCCGAGGUGCUGCAAGACUAUCAGACUCUGAUGGAGCUCGCCUGCUACCAGCACCUCCGCCUGCUCAUCUGCAGCCUCUUUGUGCCCAAGUGCACACCAGAUGGGGGUGUCCUGCAGCCCUGCCGUGCUGUCUGCCUGGCUGCUGAGCUGCGCUGCCAGCACUCCCUGGGUCUCCUCGGCAUCCUCUGGCCCAUCAACUGCAACAUCCUGCCUGACUCCAACGACCCUGUGGAGUGCUUCCAGCCCUGAGAUGGCGAAAAAAGAGGUGUGGAGGAUGCAAAAGAGCCCACUCCUGCCCCAAACCUCCCUUCUGCUCCAGCUGUGAGAUGUCCUGCCCUGAGGCCUGCCAGUUUGCUCUGUGCCCAGUUCAGUGCCCAGAUGCCACGGGCUUUUUGCAGGACUGAGUUCCAGGAGAGGGACUCUGAGCCCUCAGCAGCAGAGCUGUUAAUGCUCUGUGAAUGGCGCAGGGCUGGGCCAGGGUGAGUCGGGCUACAGGCUGUCCCCCAGCCCCAGAGACAGCAAAAUAAAGAGCAUG